AUGGCCGACUACAAGUUACAGACCCCGGGUUUCGACGCAAGAUUCCCACAGAUGAACCAGACCAAGCACUGUUUCCAAUCUUACCUCGACUACCACAAGUGUGUCGCCAUCAAGGGCGAAGACUUUGCACCAUGCAAGGUUUUCUGGCAAACCUUCCAAUCCCUCUGUCCAGGUGACUGGGUUGAGACCUGGGACGACCAGAGAGCAAACGGCACCUUCCCAGGUGACUUGUCCAUCGAGAGAUUCAAAUAA